CUUUAUCGCAGAAAUAUAUAUAUCCAACCACCUGUAUUCUCCAGAUACUUCCCUAAAGAUUGCCAAAAAAAUAUCCCACCACGCUCUUUCCUUGAACACAAAACCUCUCCAAGUACCUCUUUCAGUCUCUCGUGAUACAUAUCGCCUCGCCAAAGCAGCUUAUCCCCUCUAUAUACACUCAGUCCCCCUCCGUCAGGUGCUCAACAACAACCCAUUCGAUUCCAUGACACCACACCCUACCUUAAACCCGCCGCUUCCGAUUUCGGCCGCGUACCGCAAAGGUUCGAACAUCCUGAUCGAGUCGCCGGUAAUUUCCUCGUUCAAACGCAAGUUUUCUGACUUGCACGUAGGUCCUAGCAAUCACUUGUCACUCAGCAGACCCAUGACUCCGAUCGACCAGACAGGACAGGCCCAGUUCUCGUUUGGUGAUGACUACACCGGGGCUGCCACUCCCAAUGAAUCGUACUUCCCCGUGUCAAAAAAGUUUUUACAAAAGAAUAGCCACGAUUAUUUCUCCGCUAACCCUGUUGGAAACUCGGGGGUUCCCGGAACCCCUGCCUUUGAGGAGUCCAGAUGCAUGCCCCCACUCUUACGCAACGACAGCAGCUUAUCUGUCUCCUCACUGAUAGCAGACUUUCCGAUGCAAGACCGGAACUGCUCCGUGGUUGACUACACAGUCACAUUUUCGGCCAAGUUUGACAGGGUGUUGAUGCGUGACUAUGAACAGAUCAUCAACGACCCGCAAUCCACGCCUUUCCACGGUAAAAUCCCACCGUCGGGACUUGUCAGCGGCCUCACCAAGCGCGUUUUGGCCCAGCUUAUCCCUUCCACGCCAGACAACCAGAGCGAUGCGCUCGAGGAGUUCCGGGGAUACUUUACCAGCGCCAAUUCUCCAGACAUCAUCAUGGAGCUCUUUGAGAACAAGCCGUUAUUGCUUGCCUUGAUCCGCAAACGCUUGUUAGACACCUGUACGGGCCAGAGUCUGGAUUCCACCAUGAUCCAGAUGCCGGGCCCUUCUUCCAGUGCCUCACGGUUUUCCGGCUUGAGCGACCCGUUGCACAGCUUGUCGCUCCUGCGGCUGAACUCCCUUAGCCGUAACAGCAGUUUCAGCGGUGUCGGUAACCUCGGGCGCCAGCACUCCAACUCCUCGUGGCUCCACGUGGGCAAUUUUGGGAAACUCCAGGCGACGGCACACAAUAACUGGUCGAGCGAGUCCAUCGGCGGCCCUCCUCCGCUCCGCAGAUCCCGGAACGACUCGCUGGCCUCGGUCAGCUCGUUCAACGGGCUUUUGAAGGAUCCGCUCUUUCCUCCACAGCUGUUUUUUGCCACUCCUCCUGCGUCCAUAAAGUCGCUGAUGGACCUGACGGGAUCCUACGAACCAGAUGUCUUUUCGCGCAACCAGGUGUUUGAUUUGGGUUUGGAAGAGGAGCUCGACUUUAGUGCGUCCUCCCCUGUUUUUGCCCCAAGACCCGUGACUGAAGAAACCCAGCCGAGAAAGGUUGAAGGUUUGCGGGUGUGUACUCGUCCUAUUACCCCCGCCAACACUGCCGGUUUGAAGCAAGGCCUCGAAAAUGGCCUCCCUGCGGUAGAUCCCUUGCACCGUCCAUUGAGUCCGACGCUUUCUCCCGAGGUGCAGGAGGAGUGCACCUUGCAGAGAACCAAGUCGAUUCAUCGCAAGAAGUCGCUCCCUCGGUUAUUGAUGGACAAGCUUGGCUACCAGAAGGAUGACGAGGACGUGUUGUUUGAUGGGGAGUUGACGAGUCAACGCAAGCGCGACAGUUUGAAAUUGAAGCGGGGGAUGCAUUAAUGAUUCCCUGUGCUGUAGAAUGUGUGUUUAUGUUUUGUACGUUGUAUUUUUGCGUUUCUGGGUUUGGAGGGAUUUUAGACUUGUACUAUAUAAUAUUAUGAUACCC